AUGAAGGCUUUACGCAGAUCGAUCAAAGGCGAGAAGGAUAACUCAAAAGUUUCCAUCGCCCCGAAAUCCGCCAUCGCCAUCGUGCCACCGAAAAAGGUCAUUCGAGCGCUGUACGAUUACGAGGCGCAGUCUGAACAAGAACUCAGCUUUUCGCGCGGAGACUUCUUCCACGUUAUUGGAAAGGAAAAUGACCCCGACUGGUACGAGGCCUGCAACCCCGCACUUCCAGAUGCUCGUGGCCUUGUCCCGGUGGCUUUCUUCCAGGCCCUCGGCCGCACCGAACGUGACAGCGCUCAGUCCGACGGAAGCAACCCGCCGCAAGCUCCGCCCUCCCGAGCACCUGAGCAUGACUCGGGGUACGCUGAAGCCAACAACCACGGAGGAGGACCUAUCUCUCCACCUAGCGGUCCCAUGCCUGGCGCGAUUACUCAGCGCACUUCUCGAUCUGGGAGCAAGUCGGGCGCAAUGGUGUACGGUAUUGUCAUGUACGACUUCCAAGCUGAGCGUGCAGAUGAACUGGAGGCGAAACAGGGCGAGGCUAUUAUUGUCAUCGCCCAGUCCAACCCGGAGUGGUUUGUCGCCAAGCCCAUAGGGAGGCUUGGAGGGCCUGGCUUGAUCCCGGUCUCGUUCAUUGAGAUUCGAGACAUGGCCACCAACCAGGCAGUGAGCAACCCAGCAGAAGCCAUCAAGAAGGCUGGUGUGCCUAAGGUGGAGGAGUGGAAGAAGAUGGCCGCCGAAUACAAGAACAGCAGCAUUACCCUUGGUAAAUUUGAGGGAGCCGGUCAGCCGGUUGGUCAGGGCUUGGAGCAAGGUAUGGAGCGUAUGAGCCUCCAGCAGCAAGGGCGUAUGAGCAGCCAGAACAGCGCCAACCACCAGGUCCGCGCCUCGCAACAAGGUGCCGUUCAAAACUCGUAUGCUGCAAAGCCCGUCUCGCAGAUGUAUGCGCCCAUCUCGGCCCGCAUUCCCAGGUACUGCUUCGCCGAAGAAAAGUAUUGGUUUGUCAUUGAGGCGGUUCUCGAGGACGGACGUCAUUGGGAGUUGUCGCGUUAUUAUGAGGACUUCUACGACUUCCAAAUCGCCCUCUUGACCGAAUUUCCAGCCGAAGCUGGCAACACUGGCACGCAGAAGCGCACCCUGCCUUACAUGCCCGGUCCCGUCAACUACGUGACAGACGCUAUCACGGAGGGCCGACUGCACAAUCUUGAUGCCUAUGUCAAGAACCUACUCGCACAGCCACCUUACAUUGCUCGAUGCAUGCUGGUGAAGCAAUUCUUCGCCCCCCGCGAGGGUGAUUACGAAAUCGACCCCAACUCGACAGGUGAAGAGUACAGGCUGUCAGGCGCCUCUCAACAGUCAUCAACAGACUCUCCCGCGGAUGGUGCCUCGCGGCAGUCUUCCAGGAACAACCUGAGCGGCGGAGGCUACUCAGGCCUGUCUGCAGCACCGCAACGAUCAAACAGCAACCAGCCCGGUAUGACGCGUCAGACAUCCUCACUCUCCCAAGGACCCCAGCCGUCACCUUCCCCCGGCAUCAACCAGAGCGUUUCCGCAAUGAAAGUCAAGCUGUGCUUCAACGGUGACCUCAUCGCCAUCCGCGUCCCCACCGACAUCCAAUUCCAGCAGUUAUACGAAAAGAUCUGCGAUCGAUUGAAGAUUCCUAUGAACGAAUCUGUCCAACUGUCGUAUAAGGACGAGCGCACAGGAGACAAGCCGAGUCUUAUGAGCAACAAUGACCUCGACGUCGCCCUGCAAAGGAACGACAAGCUUCUGCUUUAUGUCGAUCAGGUCUAG